CCUGGUCACCAACGUGCUCUGCGCACUCUCUGUACACGAUUUCAUUCUAGCUAUAUAUUUGAUACCAGACUAACCUCAGAGCAAGCCGCUUAAGAGCCUGCAGACUGAGAUAUUUUCGACGCGGCGCUUCUGCACAGGACUACUUCUCACGGCAGGACCUCUACAAGCGUAAUUUACAGGCGCAUCUCAGCAAGACCGACUAGGCCGGCUUCGGUCACCAAGAGACUCCGCUAGCCAAGAGAUUCACUAGCGCGGACUCUGCUCGACGCCAGGGCUGCCCCGGGCGUCUCCUAUCAAAUGGGCUCGUGUAGCGACGGUUCUACGAGCGAAGUAGGCGGAGGGGCUUAAGGACUCGCGCACCGUCAGCGACCCGAAGCGGUUGACCGACCGAACGCGCUGCGCAUCGUCGGUAACCUGAGGGAUAAUGCAGCCAUCUGAUGGCAUUCAAUCGUCAAGGGCGGGGCCGGCGGCGCCGAUGCAGGGCUCGAACCCUCCCGGCCCGGCCGGCCCGUCGCUCUUGCUAUCCACGGGCGAAGCGGACGCUAUGGUGCAGCUGCAACUCCAGCAGCUGCAGCAGCAGCAACACCAACACCACCAACAACAUCAGCAGCAGCAGCAGCAACAGCAGCAACAGGCGCUGUUGAUUGCUCACCUGGUUCAGGCACAGGCGCAGAAUGCAGGUGAUGCCACGGCAGCCGCCCGCGCCAUCCUUGCGCUGUUAGGUCCCUCGCUCGCUGCCGCCGCCGCUCUGCAACUGUCCAUGCCGCCUGCCCUACAACUCCAGAUGUCCCUGCAGCAACAACAGCAGCAACAGCAGCAAGCAGCUGCCCUGGCUGGGUUGGGCGAAGCUGCGCUGUGGCAGUCUAAUGCCGCCGGCUCCCUGCCACUGCAGCUUCAGCUGCAGCUGCAGGCCGCUUCCGGAGGUGGCCUGGGCGCACACGCUAAUGUGGGCCAGGUUGGAUCCGUGCUGCAGCUGCAGCGCCCGGGGUCUGCAGUUUCACAAGCGGGAUUGCCGUCCGUGACUGGCGCGAGUGGAGGCAGCGGCAAUGGAGGCAGCAUGCAGCAGUUGCCACAACAGCAGCCGCAACGCUCCUGCGACGCCGCCGCAGCAGCCCAGAACGCUGAUGUGCUGCGCCAGCUGCAGUUGCCCUCGCAGCAGCAGCCCCCGCCAGCAGGGUUUCAGGAUGCCGGCCGCGAGGGAUCAGGCCAGCAGCAGCAGCAGCAGCAGCCACAACCGGCCCAGAACGGUACCGGACCGUCAGUCGCCACGGUAUCAGCGGCUACGGCUGCCGCCACGGCGGCUGUCUCGGCGGCGUGGCACAGCACCCUAGAUGCCGUGCACCAACAACACCAGACGGUCACUGGCGGCGGCGCUGUAGGCCUCAACUCCCAGGCCGCGCUGUGGGCCGCCCUGGCGCCGGUACCGCAGCAGCACUCACAGACCCAGGCCCAGAAUCAGCUGCAACAGAUAUCUGCCGCACUUGUGCCGAACCACCGUGGUGACGGCUCGGCUGCACAGGCAGGACACGUCCUGCAAGCCACCACAAAUGCUGCCGGCCAUGGCGCGCGGCCCGGCGCACUGCAGGCACAGCGGCCGGCGUCUCCCUUGUGCCGGCCUGUCGCUCGGCGUGAUGGCGCUUUGCCGCUACGCUAUGCUGAGCAGCAACAGCAGCAGCAGCGGGCAAAGGAGCAACAGCCUACGCAAAGCUCGGGAGCUAGCGGAAGUGGAAGUGGUAACGGCGGCACGGGCUGCGGCAGCGGUGUAAGUGGUUGUGGAAGUGGCAGCGCUGCUGCGCCGCGCUCUUGCAGUGCUGGCGAUAGGGACGCUGGUGACGGCGGCAGUGACGGCGACGCUGCCGGCAAGGGCCGAGCUCAGUUGCAGAAUCAACGCGCGGGUGCCAGCGCGUCAGGCCAGCGGGCUCACCCCGAGCGCCGCGCAGCAGGCUGCGGCAGCGGAGACGUCGUUGCCAUGGUGCGGCCGCAGGUUAUUAACUCGGACAAACGCGAAGCAGCAGAUGGCGAGGGUGACAGCGGGUUGCGAUGUCAACAACAGCACCUUCCCCGGCAACCGAGUGGCCAGGGCUGGCUGCCGCAGCCGCUCGAGGCGGCUGCGGUGACCAUCAAGGUCGAGGACGGCGUCAAAGCAAGCCGUGAUGCUGGCAGCGGCGGCGCCCUGCUGCCCGGUGCACCCUUCAACCCUGCACAGGGCCUCAGCAGUUACAGCAGCGGCGCUGGCGGCCUGCAGCACCUACAGCCAUCGCAGCCCACCCGCCUCUCGCUUGCGCGGCUGCAGCACCCGCCCGGUCACCAGUCCGCUAGUGCGUGCCCGCACUCCCCCUCGCAGCUGCAGGCGGGGCCUGUCCCAGCCGCCGCACGCAAGACCUCCUUGUCGCUGCAGCUGCAGCAAGCGCGCUCGCUGGCAAAUGCCGAGGUGGAGGAGGCCAAGGCCGUGGUUGCAGUUGCAGCCUUGGCUGCCGAGGCUGCUGACGUGGCCACAGCAACGGCUGCUGCUGAUACCACGUUGGUGUGCGGCUGUGCCUGCGGUGAGUCGCUGCUGGCUCCCAAUGCCCACGGCACGAGCGAGCCAGACACAGCAGGUGCCGGCGACGCUGGGAGCGGCAGCAGCAGCCGGGCGCAUGGUGCGCUGGCCUCGGACACAGGCGGCCAGGGUGAUGCGGGCGGCGCGGGCGGCAGUGGCGCAGCUGCAGGCACCACGCAGCCCACCGGGCCUGGCGCGGGGCCUUCGGGCGGCUCAGACGCUGCUGCAGACGGCUCGGCGGCUGAAGCGGCCGUUGCGGACGCGAUGACCACCUCGCCGCCAUGCGGUGCCCCACCGGCCGGCUACACGGGUGGCACCGGCGGUACUGGAGGCGCGGCGGGUACCGCGGGUGGCUCUGCGGCAGCAUUGGGAGCCUCCGGCCCUGUGGGCCACGCCACUGGCGGCGCCACCACGACUGGCGGCGGCCACAAGCGCGGCCUGGCUGACACAGCCUGGGGCGGCGGCGGCAGCCCUCACAGCAGCGGCGGCGGAGGCAGCGGCGGCGUAGAGGGCCGCGCCGGCGGCCGCAAACACCGCCACCUCAACUCGCCCGUGCACGGGAGCGGUAGUGGAAGUGGCGCGGACGCCACAGCAAGCGGCCGUGUGCGCCAGCUGUCGCACCGCACGCAGUCGCGGCUGCCGGACGGCAACGACACCGGUGGUGACGACGGCAUGGGCGGAGACGGAGACGCGCCUAGGCUUACCCGCAUUCCCAACGCGCUUCCGCACUCAAGGUCUCCCUCCGCGCAGCGGAUGGUAAACGACGAGGAGGAGGGCGCAGAGGAGGCGGGCGAGGGCGAGGAGGGCGGAGCGCAACCGCAGCCGCCGCUCCCGCAGGAACGCGAGCACGACGUGCUGCCUCCGUUAGCCGGCAGCAAACACCACCACUCUCACCACCACAGCGCGCACGUGCGCCACAGCCACAACGCCCACUACCGCGCCCACCCGCACGCCCACGCGCCUCAGUCGGCGGCGCAGCAGGAUGAGGUGCAGGGCCACUUGCGGCGGCGGGGCCAGCAGCACGUGCAGCUCGAGGGCGGGCAAGGCCACCAGCAGGCCCUCACCGCCGUCGUGCCCAAGCCCAAGCCCAAGCCAUCCGGGCACCCAGCCCAAGCCGACAUCGUUAUGGACGGCGGCGGCGGCGACGGUGGCGACGGCGCCAAUCUGCCCUCCCAGUCCCGGGCGCUGUCGCAGCUGGCAGACGGCGCCCAGCAGCAGUGCCCGCAGCGCGCACUGCCGCUGGCUGACUACGAGGAGGGUGUGGCGGAGGCGCCUGGCGGCCCCGAGCAGCUGGACCUGCAGGACGGCGGGACAGCGGCCCGCGGCCUGGGGCCCAUGCAGCUGGGCUUCCGUGGCCUGGGCGCCCAGGGAGCGGCGGCUGCGGAUGAGGAGGGCGGCAUGUGUGGUGACGAGGCCAUGGGUGAUGAGGACAUGGACGAGGAGGACGAGGUGGAUGAGGUGGACCAGGAGGAGGGCGAGCCCGACCAGGCCCAAGUCGCAGACACAGCCGACGCCGAGGGCGAGGGCGAGGCGGGAGGCCUUGCUGCUGACGGCGGCGCAGCCGGGCGGGGCGGCGAGGGCGGCGGCAUGACGGGCAGCAAUGCCGCGGGACCUGUCGCCGCCGCGUCCAAGCGCACCGGCGGAGGCUUCCCGGCUAUGGUGGCUGCUGCUGCCCACCGGCAGCGUCAGAGACGGCGCAUUGCUGGGGCCGGCGCUGUGGGCGGCGCCAUGCUUGGUCAGACCAGCAACGCUGCCGGUGAGGAGGAGGAAGACGCCGAGGCGGAGGGUCUGGAGCAGGAGGGCAGCCGCAGCAGCCACUGCGGCGACUCCGACAUGGUCGUGGACGAGGGCGGCGGCAGUGGCGGCGGAGGCAGUGCGGGAGGAAGUGGAGGUGAUGGCAGUCGCGGGGAUGGCGAUGGCAGUGGCGGCGACGGUGACGGCAGCGGUGGCGACGGCGAUGGCAGCGGUAGUGGUGCCAACGGCAACGGCGGCGGCAGUGGGGCCAGCCGUGCCACAGCGGGUGUUGGUGCCAGUGGCGCGGGUGCCAUGGCGGGCGUGCACCUGAGUGCCUCCACCACCAUGCACGUGGCCACACAGCUGCAGAUGCAGCAGCUGGGCAGUAAGGGCGGCGCCUUCAGGGCUGGCAGACAGCAGCUGCACAUCGGCAGCGGGGCGGCAGGCAACGCUACCCUGCAGCACCUGCAGCACCUGGCGCCACCUGCGGGAUCCCUCACAGGGUCUGCCCGCAGCGGCGCGGUCCCUGCUGGGGUGGCGGCUGGAGUGCACGGCACGCAGCCGCUUGCGGGCUGCGGUCCCGGUGGCGUCGGCGGCGGCAGUGGUCUAGCGGGCGCUGGCGGCGGCGGCGGCGGCACCACCACCGCCGCAGUUGCAAGCAACAACAUCAACAACCACACCACCGCCACCUCCCAGGCGCCUCGCUCUGGCCCGCACCACGCAACCCGCCGGCAGCUGCAGCACCAACAACAGCAGCUGCUGCAGGCUGGCUCGGCCGUUGGUCGGGGCUGCAUGCAGCAGGACCAGCAGCAGGCGCAGGGGCGGCACCACUCGCAUGCUCAGGACCACGGCAUGCAGUCCGACAUGGACGUGGACGCCAAGCCGGAGCAGCAGCAGCAGCAGGAGGAUGGGCAGGUAGCGGAUGCCGUGGGCGCCCGCGCUGCUGGCCGUGGCGCCGGCGCUCGCAAGGAGAGAGCCGAGGAGGCCGCCGGUGGCCUUACGACUCCCAGUGGCACUGGCGACAGACACGCCGCGCCCCGUGGUGGUGCUGGCGGGUCCGCAAGUGGCGGGCCGCCAGGCGCCAGUGGCAGCGGCAGCGGCGGCCGCAGCGGCAGUGGCGGCGACACCGCGUUCGAUCAGGCGGGCGCAGGCGGCAGCAAGACUGGCGCCGUGACACCGAAUGGCCACGUAAAAGCGACAGAAGCGGGCGGCAGCGGCAGUGGCGAUGCGGGUGGUGCGGCCAGCGCCUCCCGCGCGCCCGAGCAGCAUCAGUCUCGACAAGAGCCGGAGCCGCAGCGCCAAUCGGCCCAGGCAGAGGCCGGCGCACUUGUACGCAGCGGCAGUGCCCGGGGCCUCAACGCGGCAAGCGGCGGCGGUAGCGGCGGAAGUGGUGGCGGCAGCCCGGAGCAGACGCAGACUGCCGAGACCCGCCGUCACGGCACCAACGGCAUUGGCGGCAAGGGCGCGGGCAACGCCACCGUGACCGCGACUGCGACUGGCGUGAGCACUGGCACCGGCAGCGGCAUUGCUGGCAGCGGCGCCGCAGCCGCUGGCACUGAAGGCGGCGGCGGCGGGACUGGCGGCGGCGGCAGCGGCGCGCACGGCCAGGGUCGCAGCUCCAAGCGGCCACGUAUGCUGUGGACUCACGAGCUGCACCUGCGCUUCAUGCACGUGGUGUCGCAGCUGGGUGUGGAGACGGCGGUGCCCAAGACCAUCCUGUCCAUGAUGGGUGUGGAUGGCAUGACGCGCGAGAACGUCGCCAGCCACCUGCAGAAGUACCGGCUGUACCUGCGCCGACUGGCUGGCGUGGCGCCCAACACGCCCAUCCCGGCGCACAUGGUCGACGGCGUGCAGCAGCAGGCGCUGAGGCAGCACAUGCUCAAGCAGCAACAGCAGCUGCACCAGCUGGCGACGCUGCAGGCGCACCAGGCGGCGCUGGGCAGCGUGGUGGGGGCGGUCAGCGGCGGCGCUGGCGGCUCAGCGGGCGGUCCGCCGGCUCAGGUGCUGCUGUCCAGCGCCGCGUCCGGCUCGCCCGCCGCGCAGGUGGCACUGCAGGCGGGACUGCCGCCGGCUGCCGCGCUGCAGGCGCUGCAGGCGCUCAGUCGGCAGUCGGCCCACUCCUUGCCGGGCGCAGCGGGCCUGUCCACCAACGCGGCGGCUGCAGCCGUCCCGUCUGUGGCGCUGAGCCUCGUGGCCGCAGGCCUGCAGCAGCAGUCUCAGCAGUCGCAACAGCAGCAACAGCCGCAGCUUGCACAGGCCUCCCAGUCACAGGCUGUGGCGGCGGUUGCGGCUCUGGGCGGCCUGGGCGGCCUGGGACGGCUGCUGGGUGCGGUGCAGAUGAACCAGCUGAGUCAGAUUAGUCAACUCAACCAGCUGCAGCAGUUGGGUCAGUUAGGCCAGUUGGGUCAGCAGCUGGGUGUGGGGGCUCUGAGCGGGCUGCAGGCGGCACCGCUGCAGCAGCAGCUCCAGGCGUUGCAGGCGCUGCAGAUGCUGCAGUCGGGCGCGGCAGGCAACGGCCAGGGGCUGGCAGUGGGCGGCCUGGGCGGCCUGGGCUCGCUGUCUGCUCUUGGGGCCGGAGCUGGCGGCGGCGUGUUUGAGUCUGCUAACGUCAAUGUUAUGCUGGGCGGUCCCGGCGCUGGUGUUAUCGCGGCUACAGACAUGAGCAGCCUGCCUAGCACCGGAAACGGCAACGGCAACGGUAACGGCAGUCUGCAGUCGGCCGGGCCGUCGGAUGCCGUUGACCCAGCGGCCGUGACAGAUGCCGCAGAGGGCGCUAUGGCGGGGGCGGCCGCUGCAGACGGCAGUGCUGCAGGCGACACAGGAGGCGACACCGGUGCGGGCUCGGAGACGGCAGUCGGACUGCACUCAUCCGGCGUGCUGGGCGACGCAAUGCUCGAGGCCGGAGCAGAUGCGCCUGCCACCGGUAACGCCGUGUCGGGCGAUGCCACGCAGGCGCCGCUACAGCAGCAACAACACCAGGCCAACGCUGCUGCUGCCGCCAACGGCGCUGCGUGGCAGCAGCAGCUGCAGCAGUGGCAAGCACAGCAGCAGCUGGCAGCAAUCGUCGCGCUGUCGCAGCAGCAGCAACAGCAGCAGCUGCUGCUUCACCUGCACUUGCAGCAGCAGCAACAACAGCAACAACAGCAGCAACAGUGGCAGCAGCUGCAGCAGUGGCAGGCGCAGCAACAGCUCAUGCAGGGGCUGUCGGCCAUGCAGCAGCAGCAGCCUCAACAGCUGUUGCAGCUGCAGCACCAGGAGGCCGGCCAACAGCAGCAGCAGCAGCAGCAGCUGAACCAGGCCUCGCCGCAGCUGCAGCUGGCCUCACAGCAGGACGCUCAGGGCCACAUGACCUCACUCCUGCAGCUGGGCGGCGGCGGAGGCUCGAUGUCUGGUGGCGGCGGCUCGCAACAGCAACAGCAGCCAUCGCUCCAGCAGUUGCUAAUGGAGGGCGGCGGCAACGGCCAGCUCGCAUACGGCGCCGGCAGUGCAGGCAGCUGUGGCUUCCAGGUAGUCACUCCGGCGGGCGCUCAGGCUGGAGGAGGCGGUGCGGGCUUGGGCCCCCUCCUGGGUGGCCUGGGCGGGCUGUACGGCGGGCUGGACGCGGCGCAGCAGCAGGCGGCGGCGCUGCAGCACUUGUACGCGGCCCAGCAGCAACAACAGCAGCAAGCACAGGCGCAGGCCCAGCAACAGCAGCAGCAGGCGCAGGCGCAGUACCUGCUGCAGGCUGCAGCGGCGGCCAACGCCCAGCAGCAGGCGGCUGCAGCUGCCGCUGCGGCCCAGGGCAUGAACAGCUACAUGGGCGGCGGCGCACCUGGCGGCGUGUCGUUGUCAGACGGCAGCGGUGGCGUGUUCGCGGGUAUGGGCGGGCUGGGCCACCUGGGCAUGGCGUCCUUCAAUGCCAGCCUAGCGCAGAAGCAGCAUCAACAGCAACCGGGCGAGGGUGUGCCGCCGCAGUCGCCUAUACCUGGCGACCUGCGGCAGCAACAGCAACAGCCCAUCAUGGUGCAUGGGGGCCCGGGCACGCAGCAGGCGUUGCAGGCUGACCAGGGGUCGGGGCCACCGCGCAGCAAUAACGGCGACGGGGAUGGCGCGAUGUCCACGUUCGGAGGCUGGUCUCAGCCACAGGAACAGCUGCAAUUCCUCGAGCAGCAACAACAGCAGCAGCAACAACAGCAGCAACAACAACAACAGCAGCAGCAGCAGGAGCAGCAACAAACGUGUCGGCAGCCGGGUAUGGUCCUUGGCCGCAACGGAGGGCCAUACGCAGGCACCAACGGCACCACGGCGGACUUGGCCGGUGACUACUUGCAGUUGAGUCAGAUGUUCGGUAGCGGCUCCGGGCCCAAUGGCGGCUACAUGGAGCCCCAGGACAGGCUGAUGGAAUCCAUGAUGGCGGCGGCGGCGGGACCGGGUCCUCCGGCCGCCGACGCCCGUGCGUGCAGCGGUAGCGGCAGUGGCAGUGCGGGCGGCCAAGACGGCCGCGGCGCGCCCGAGGCACUCAGUAGCGGGUCGCUUGAAUACCAGCUGCCGCAGAUGUUUGGUGGGUUGGGAGGUGGUGUUGGUGGCGGCGGCGGGCUUGCCGGCUUGAGCCUGAUGGGAAUGAACCUAGGCGGGUCAACGGCUGGCAGUGAGCAGCAGUGGUAGCAGUAGCAUACUGUGCGCCAAUCGGAGAGUUACGCGCAUUUCAUAUCGUCACAAGCAUGGCGCCCUGGGGUUGAGAGAGUUGGUCGGGACACUAAGGUUAUUUGUGGAGGGGUGACGCGUGGGACCACACGUCCUGUGACUGAGGUAGCUUGCAUUUUAUGCGGCCGACACAGCUGCGCUACGACAUCGACACAGCACCAAAGCACUGGUGGAGCGGAGACGCAUGUGGGGUUACUUGAUUUCCUGCCGAAUAAAUCCACCAGGGCAUGACAGGGCGUGACGUGAGCAGCAUCCGUGUAACGUGUUGGGUCUGGAACUCCUUGUUUUGUUCAAGUUUGCGAUACCUCAAACUUGGUAUUCUACCUCUUGUCUUGGUUUUAUCGUUGUAGACAGGUGCCUGUAUGAACCGACCCCGGCUAUGUCCGGGAGGUGAGGUCGUUUCGAAAUGUUCGGCCUCAGAUGGGAGAGUAGUGAGUGGGAAAGGCCGGUCUUGUCGUUGUUUCAUGCGGUCCUAGUCCCAGGGCCCAGGGACUGUGUCAGUGCCUGUUGGGUCCAUUGCUGAUUUCGUGCGGAAGUGUGCAUUGCUUGUACUUCGUGAGAACCUGCGACUGAUUUUGUUACGAGAUGGAAAGAUGGCGUGUUUGGAUGCGGGAUGCCUCUAGGCGAUGCGUGUUUCUACGCACAACCAUUACCAGCGCAUGCGGAGAGAUGCGGUCCCUGUAAUGUGUAAGUUGCCAACGGUUCGUCCGAGAGGCAUCCAGCAGCAGCCGUGUGGGCGCGUGGUCUGUGAUGUGCUCUGGCCUCCGGGGCUGUCCGACUGUCAGUGGUGUCAUCGCGCCCGCACCCGCCCCAACGCGGCCGCGUUCUGCAUGGUUGUCGGGUCGUCCGAUCUACGGCAACUUGUAACUUGCCCCGCCC